GGGACUCCCGCUUGUCGGUUGCUGGUCUGAGGCCGCGACCGGCUCGCUCUUCCUUCCGUUUCCGACCGCGGCCGCCGAGCCGUGCAUGUGCGGCAAUAACAUGUCAGCCCCGCUGCCCGCCAUCGUGCCCGCCGCCCGCAAGGCCACCGCGGCGGUUAUUUUUCUUCACGGAUUGGGAGACACAGGGCAUGGAUGGGCAGAAGCCUUUGCAGGUAUCAGAAGUUCACAUAUCAAAUACAUCUGCCCGCAUGCGCCAGUUAUGCCUGUAACAUUAAAUAUGAAUAUGACUAUGCCUUCUUGGUUUGAUAUUAUUGGGCUUUCACCUGGUUCACAGGAAGAUGAACCUGGAAUCAAGCAGGCGGCAGAAAAUGUCAAAUCUUUGAUAGACCAAGAAGUGAAGAAUGGAAUUCCUUCUAACAGGAUUAUUUUGGGAGGAUUUUCCCAGGGAGGAGCUUUAUCUUUAUAUACUGCUCUUACCACGCAGCAGAAACUGGCAGGUGUCAUUGCACUCAGUUGCUGGCUUCCACUUCGGGAUUCAUUUCCACAGGGUCCUAUCACUGGCACUAAUAAAGACAUAUCUAUCCUCCAGUGUCAUGGAGAUUGUGACCCCUUAGUCCCCCUAAUGUUUGGUUCCGUUACUACUGAAAAGCUAAAAACAUUGGUAAAUCCAGCCAAUGUAGCCUUCAAAACCUAUGGGGGCUUGAUGCACAGUUCAUGUCACCAGGAAAUGAUGGAUAUCAAGCAAUUCAUUGAUAAAGUCCUACCGUCAGUUGAUUGACAUCACUAAGAGGCCUUGGGUAGAAGUACACCAGCAUCACUGUAGUAGAGUAGAAACUUUUAAAAUGUGCCCAAUCCUGAAACCUCUUGUUUGCAGUGUUAGAAUGUUUUGCAAAUACGUACCAGUGACACAAACUAAAUGUCUCCUCAUGGGAAAUGUAUGUUCUUUUAAGUUUCUUUUCAUGUAUCUGUAUAUUGUGAUCCCAGAGUAAUACUAGUAUUAAAAUAGGUGAAGCAGCUGGCUUCUUUUUCCCAAAUGUAAUUCAGAAAAAUAAUAAAAUACUGCAACCAGAAUAUUCAUUACAUCAUUUGGAAGUUAUUAGUAUGCUUAGAGAAAAUUUGUUCAGGUUUAAAUGAGUAAUUAAGAUAUAAAUGAUUUAAGUGCAUCAUGACUUAGACUAUGGAUUUAUUCCCAAACUGCCUAGUCACCACACAGUGGCUGUAUUUUUAUGUAUGUAUUCAUAUAUACAUAAUAAUUGUAAUACAAAAUAAGGUGGUAUUGAUAUACAUCAAAAUGAUAGUACAAAAUGAGAUGGUAUUAUAUAAUUCCUAAUAAUAGGGAUAAUACUUUUAAGUGUUAAUGAAAGAGUAAUAUUGCUCUCCUCAAUUAAUGCCCUUUUAUUUGGGGGACCAGACUUUUUUUUCUUAUCAUUUCCAUUUAAUACUCUUUCUCCUUUCUAGAAAAGGCAUGUGUUCUGCCUUUAUUAUCCUUCAUAGGAGACCAAGUAUUGCUUCCCUGCCAUAGACAUCAGAUGUUAAUAAAUGCUGUAAUUUGACAUUCUGAAUCACAGACAUAUGGUAUUUAUGAUGUAUUUAUACUUAUAAUGAAACCAGACAUCACUUAAAACUUCUGUGCUACUUAUUUCUUUAACUGUUUUUUAGUCCAAAUUUAGACUUACUCAGUUAUUAGAAUCUUUAGUUCAGGGAACAGAAUGAUUCUGUGGUUUUAAUUUUCUGUAAUCAAAUGGAAGAAUGAUUAGAUCAUACUUUACUAUGUUCUGAAAUUUUAAGACUUGAUCUUAAAAAUUGUAAUUUCUAAGGUGAUUUGAUCUAAGAUGAUUCUCCUUGUAGUAUAGAGUUUAAUUUUACUUACUUUGUACAUGUUUGAAACCAGCUACUGUGGAAAAUUAGAAUCCAUCAGAAAAUUUUGCUUUGGUUUUUAUCUGCCAGUGAACAUCUUUGAAAUUUUGACUUUAAUCAAAUGAUAUUUUAGUUUUUGUGCAAACAUAAAAAUAGCAAUCCUUUGAUUUUAUAUAGUCAGUAUUUUCAGAUUACUGUAAAAUUAUUUGAAAACAAAUUUCUGGGUAAUAAAGGGUAGUCAGAACUUGAUACAUAUGGUAUAAUUACCACACAGUUUAAUAUUUAAUUGAAGUGUAUGCUUGGUAUUUUGAAUUGCUAGUUUUGGGGUUUUAUUCCAACUGAUAAAACGAUGGAAUUGCAUCAGUAUAAAUGGGUGCUAAUUGAUAAAGGAAAUAAUUUGGCAGUGUACAAUAUAGAAUGUUAAUAAUUAAGCCAUAUGUUUAUGUCUGGAUUUAAAACUUUUAAACAAUCAUUUACAAACACAUUGUCUUUUAUUUUGAAGAAUAUAAAGUUAUAUUCAGUUAUACAAAUAAACAUCUUAUUUAUGGUCAAGAUACCUUAUUCCAUUGAAAAGUUUUGCUGUAGUGUGGGAAAAUGUAAAUCUUUUUCACGGUUUGUAUCAAUGUGAAAUAAAAUUUAAUUCUGCCUUUCUGUGA